CUACUUAGAUAGGUUGUGCAAUUAGAUUUCAAGGCAAUUAACAACUAAGGAAGAUUUUUUAUUUAUUAUCUAAUUGACUUCUCAAAUCACAAAAUCCAGCUUGGUCUGUUUCGCAAAAGUUCCCGGAAGUCAUAGGAUGUUACGCCUCUGGGUUUAGAAAAUCUGUGACCAGAAUCUCUGUUGGCAAGCUACCCAACUUAUUUAUAGAGUUAAACUCUAGCGCAGUGUAAUUGAAAGUUGCAAUCAUCUUUCGAUGAAAUUAUGUCAGCAAACGGACUGUCGACCAGAAUUCAGCAGUUUUUGGAUUCCCACGCGCUGGCACGUACUCCGAGCCCUUUCCACCGCCUCGGCCAGCAGAUGCAGGACAUCUUGGGCGAUGGAGGGAUCCUGAAGGAAGUGGUCCAACCUGGAGAAGGCCCACCAGUGCCAAGAGAUUCAUCUGUGUCAAUCCAUUUCUCUGGAUUUUUGGAGUACUCUGACCGACCAUUUGAGACCACCAGCCAUCUGAAGUACCCUCGAAUGAUGAAGCUUGGAAGAGACGUGACUCUGUGUGGCCUUGAGCUUGGUAUUCUGACCAUGAGGAAGGGAGAGUACUCUCGUUUUCUCUUCCUGCCUGAGUACGCCUAUGGCGCGAUGGGCUGCCCUCCACUCAUCCCUCCUGUAGCCACUGUGCUCUACGAGGUGCAGGUCCUCGAUUUCCUCGACUCGGCCGAAGUGGAUGAGUUCUUCGCAAUGAGUCCGGAGGAGCAGAACACGGCUCCUCUGUCCAUGCUCCUCAACGUGGUCGACACAGAGCGCAGCUUUGGAAACCGCUGCUUCAACCACAGUCGCUUCGAGGACGCCAAAGAUCGCUACAAGCAGGCGGUCACUCUGCUGGGGAAUCGGAAGGCGGAGGACGAGGAGGAGAAGAGGAGCAUUCUGGCAGGACAGCUGCCCAUCUACCUCAACCUGUCGUUGACCCAGCUCCGCCUGGACAGGCCCCUGAAAGCCCUGGAGUACGGCCACAAGGCCCUGAAGAUCGACCCCAACAACACCAAGGCCCUGUUCCGCUGUGGUCAGAUGUUUGAACCAGAGGGUUUUCUUCAGGCCUAUUUGGAGUUGUUUGACUAUGAGAAAGCCCAGGAUUACCUCACGAUGGCUCAGGCCAACAAACCUUUUGACGUCGACAUCAACAAUCUCCUGAGGAAGCUUGCCAUACACUACAAGGACUGUUUGGACAAAGAGAAAGAGCUGUGCUCCAAGAUGUUUGCUGACUUUGUGAAGAAGUGAAGGUGACAGGUGUUGGUGUAUGUGGAACUUAAAGUCAACACCAAAGACUCUCACAAGCCUCACUACAAUAUGUCGAUAUAUUAACUUUGAUUUCAAGUGUUUUUGUUCAUAAUGUACCAAAAUGUAGAAAGCUAUUCUGUACACCAAAUCCAACUGCAGUUGGACACAGUGAAAUUAUAGAGUGAAAAAAAAUAUUUUUGUGUUUGAGAUAUAUUCAAGAAGUAAAGCCUCUUUCCAAAACA